UUGAACCCAGAGGUUUUAGUUCUGCGUCUUGUAACACACCGCCUCCACUCGCGACGGCAAUUACGCCGCCGAAUAUCGCUUUGCCGCCGCAUUCCAUUCCCCGAGUUGAAAGUAUUGCAGCUACUCUCUCCCGAAAUCCACACUUCUCAACCUUCUUCGUAGUAUUGCUCUGGGAAGCACGAUAGGUUCCAUAUUAUUUCUCUUGUGCUUUCUCACUUACCCUUUUUCGCUUUGGAAGAUUUUCGAAGCGGAAAGGUUGAAACUUUGGGAAUCUCUCGCUGUUUCUGCUUAGCUUUUUUCGUGGAUUCUGCUUCUGGACAUAGCGUUAAAGUUACGGUUUCUGUAAAUUCUUCUUCAAACUCAUGGCAGCAUGGUCUUCUAGAAAGUUACUGAAAGAGGUUUUGCUCAGAAGGGUUUCUUCGAAUCCUCCACUUCCUCGUUUCAGAUGUUUCUCUACUUCCGCACCAGAAAGUGCUCCUAAGAUCAGUCACCAUUCCAAGAAAGGAAGGUUGUUGACAGGUGCCACCAUAGGCAUAGUUAUAGCUGGUGGAGCUUAUGUGAGUACUGUGGAUGAAGCUACUUUCUGUGGAUGGUUAUUCUCAGCAACAAAACUUGUGAAUCCUUUUUUUGCUUUGUUGGAUGCGGAGUUUGCACACACACUAGCUGUUUCAGCUGCAGCUCGUGGUUGGGUUCCAAGAGAGAAGAGGGUUGACCCCCCAAUCAUAGGGCUAGAGGUUUGGGGAAGGAAGUUCUCCAACCCUGUAGGUCUUGCUGCAGGCUUUGAUAAAAAUGCUGAGGCUGUGGAUGGAUUACUUGGUAUGGGCUUUGGCUUUGUGGAGGUUGGCUCUGUUACUCCUGUCCCACAGGAUGGUAAUCCGAAGCCUCGAAUUUUUAGGUUGCGACAGGAAGGUGCUAUUAUAAAUAGAUGUGGCUUUAAUAGUCAAGGAAUUGUUGCUGUUGCAAAGCGCCUGGGUGCUCAACAUGGUAAGAGGAAGUUAGAUGAAACUUCAUCUAGUUCACGUACAUCCAAUAAUGAUGUCAAACAUGGUGGGAAAGCUGGCCCUGGUAUUCUCGGUGUCAAUCUUGGAAAGAACAAGACAAGUGAAGAUGCUGCAGCAGACUAUGUUCAAGGGGUUCAUACACUGUCCCAGUAUGCUGAUUACUUGGUGAUUAAUGUUUCAUCACCCAAUACUCCUGGCUUGCGCAUGCUUCAAGGAAGAAAGCAAUUGAAGGAUCUUGUGAAGAAGAUACAAGCUGCUCGUGAUGAAAUGCAAUGGGGUGAUGAGGGUCCACCUCCGUUGCUGGUAAAAAUUGCUCCAGAUUUGUCAAAGGACGACCUUGAAGACAUUGCUGCAGUUGCUGUGGCUCUUAACUUGGAUGGACUGAUUAUAUCAAAUACAACCAUUUCAAGACCAGAUACUGUCAGUAGCAAUCCAUUAGCUUCAGAAGCUGGUGGGUUGAGUGGGAAGCCUCUUUUUGAUCUCUCUACCAAUAUCUUGAAGCAGAUGUAUAUGUUGACACGGGGCAAGAUUCCUUUGAUUGGCUGUGGGGGCAUUAGCAGUGGUGAGGAUGCAUACAAGAAAAUAAGAUCUGGAGCAACUCUUGUUCAGCUAUAUACCGCUUUCGCUUAUGGGGGACCUGCACUUAUUCCACAAAUAAAGGCUGAGUUAGCUGAAUGCUUGGAAAGAGAUGGUUUCAAGUCCAUUCUUGAAGCAGUUGGUGCAGACUGCAGGUGACUUGCUAUCCACGUCUAAAGUUGUAUCAAUGUUCCUUUUCUUUUUCGACAAUACCAAAGAUGCAAAAUCAAUUUGCAUUUUCUCCUCCCUUUUUUUGCAUUACACAUGAUGCUAAAUUAUUAUGCAUUGUUAUUUUAUUGGGUCUGGCAGUUUGUGUGCACAUGUUGUGACCUGUAAAAGCAAGGGUUGUGAGAUAAUUCGGGAAAAAUAAUAUUUGAUUUUCGGCUA